AAGCGACCUGCGUUGCAGCGCGCUUAGUUUCGUUUCGGAGUGGCCGAUUGUGAAAACGCGAAAUUUCAACAUGAGAUUUUACACUGUAAUCCUGGUCACGCUACUUCUGGUGGGCGUGAUUGCGGCGUAUCCGCAGAAAGACGGGCAAAUCUUCAGCAAUGAGGCAAUACGGCAGGCUCAGAACACAUAUCUUAUCCCCAAGGAUGCGACCAUACAAAAGGUCCAAGAGGGCAUCGAGCUGGCCGCUUACGAAUCGAUCCCCGGAGACCAGAGGAUCAAUCUCUUCGAGAUCUUGGGCGAACACGUGCCACCCGAAGUGGUGAACAAUCUUCAGACUCAGAUCGAUCAAAUAGGUCGAAAUUAAUUUCUGUUACAUCGUCAUCAUCACCAUCACCCCAUCAUCAGCAUAUAAAAAUAAUCUAAGUGCCUUUGUAGAAAGGUAUUUAUAAACAGCUGUUUCCUUUGUAUCUCGCUUUUAUAUCUGACAAAAUUCGUUUUAUGAUGUAGCAAGAGUUUUUACUUUUCAUAAAUAAAUGCAUGGGAAAAUAGUUUACAUGUGUCUGCGUCAUCUUCUGCUUGCGAUUACGUUUCACACCCGUUCGCAAAUAGAGAACUUAUCGGUGACAUCGAUAUUGCGUAUGCGAAGAAGCAUAAAAUCGUUAUGUACUUUACAACGAAGCACUUCAGGCUUGUCUCUCGUAAUUUCAUUGGUCUGCCGAUAGUGUCACAAACUAUCUUAGAAUUGAAAUAGGGAUUCCCUUAAAACGCGCAGUUUGCCAAUCGCAAAAUUAAUCAGGUAUUCUUGUCUUACAAGUUUAAAUUAUGUAUGCUAGCGAUAUAUCAUAGAGAAAGUUGCAGAGCUACUCAUCGAAGAAGCGUACUUUCACUUCUAUUCACCGUCUUGCUGAGCGUGGCUUUACUGUCUUGCCAUUUAUUACACGACACAGCUAAAUCGGAAAUUUCAGCAUAAUCAAAACACGACGGGGUUAUGAGAUCAUAUCUUCCGCUUUCUGCUCUGCUAAUUUUAUUGUCUCAUUAUUAUAAUACAUCUAUAUUGAGAACGGAAGGUCUCGAUUCAUACUUUUUGUGAAACUUUCACUUUCUUUCAUAUAUACAGCCGUGUGUAUGUAAAUCUACCAGAAAAAUCGUUAUAUAAUAAUGUACAGUUCGAUCAUCUUAUGCUAUCUGUUACAAAAGUUUAAUAGAAAAUAGUUACCA